UUUUUUUUUAUCUUCUAUAAUAUAUUCUUGUUCCUCCACGCUGCCCUACUAUUCCACCAUAUCCAUUGUAUUCCACCGUUUGGCUUUUUAUCUUGUUCCUGCUUCUGUUUCUUAUCCUUUUAACCUUUUCAAAUCGCUCCUCUCUUCUUCCCUCCUGUCCUCCGUCCUCUCCACUCCUUUUCACUUCUUCCCAUUGCAUUCCAUUCCAUUUCAUUCUACUCCCCUGCUCUUCUCUCACUUUGCGAAGCUUUAAUUUCCACACGAUCACUUUUUACAGCCGUUUCGAACCACCUAACUAAUCGGUCCAAAAUAAACAAAUUAGCUCAUAACAGCAUGACUAUGAAUCUCAUUGGUGCAUCCAUUUGCGAUGAAGAAAUCCUCGUCCAAGGCGAAGCUAGAGACAUUCAGUUGCCAAACACAGAACAUGUCUCACAAAUUUCUGUCGAUGUUGGCGGAUCAUUGGCCAAAGUUGUUUACUUCUCUCGCAAAUCCGGGACCAAAGGUGGACGUUUAAACUUUCGCAAGUUUGAGACAGAAAAAAUCGAUGAAUGCAUUGCUUUUAUCGCCCGUUUGCUGGAAGAAUCAAGAGCAAACAGACCAGGACAUGAGUUUGUUAUCAAGGCCACAGGAGGUGGAGCCCACUUGUAUUAUGAAAGGUUCAGGGACGCUCUCAAAGUGACGAUUGAACGAGAGGAUGAAAUGGAAUGUUUGAUCACUGGUCUCAACUUCUUAAUCACAGAAAUCCCCUUUGAGGUCUUCACUUAUAGUGAAGCUAAUCCAAUGUGUUUUGAGGAAACUCCGGCCGAUCCUUUCCCAUACAUGCUUGUCAAUAUCGGAUCUGGAGUCAGCAUUUUAAAAGUGACAGGAACAAAUUCGUUUGAGAGAAUCAGUGGAACGUCGUUAGGUGGAGGAACCCUUUGGGGUUUAUUAUCAUUGUUGACCGGAGCCAAGACAUUUGAUGAAAUGCUAGAGGCUAGCCAGGAAGGAGAUAACAAGAACGUCGACAUGUUGGUAGGAGAUAUUUACGGCGCUGAUUACUCAAAGAUUGGGCUAAAAUCCACAACAAUCGCCUCUUCAAUGGGUAAAGUUUUCAAGAAGAACGUAGAUAAACGUCAAUUUAGACCUGAGGACAUUUCACGAUCACUGCUGUACAUGGUUAGCAACAAUAUUGGUCAGAUUGCAUAUCUGAAUGCUCAGGCACACGGGCUUAAGCAUAUUUACUUUGGUGGAUGUUUUAUUCGAGGUCACCCCAUCACCAUGAACACUCUAUCAUAUGCAAUCAACUUUUGGUCAAAGGGCGCCAUCAAAGCCCUGUUUCUCCGUCACGAGGGAUAUCUUGGAGCUGUAGGCGCCUUCAUGAAGCAUCGUUCAUCACGACGUAACUCGAGAUCCUUCACUUUAACGGAGCAACUCGCACUGAAACUGGCCAGCCACGAAAAGGCAGAUCUUGAGGCCAACCUCGCACAAGACACUUUGGACGUUGAUGCAGCGGAAGAAUCUGACUAGAAUUGCUCUUUUUGUAAAAAAUAUCAUGUGAUCAUUACUGCCCAAUCUUUUUUAUUUCUGUGUCCGUUUAAAUUCAUUGACCAAACAUUCUGUCCUUUUGCGACCUCCAAUUGAAGAAUAGACAAUUGAGAAAUGAGAAGAGACGUUCGCAUUCUUCUCUUGGGCGACGGUAAUACAAUACUUUGUAG